ACAAUGUGUGAAGCUGUCUUGCCGUUCGUUUAGCUACUGUUGCGACCGGUGAUGCUUUAGAGAUCAGUAAAAUCUGUGUAGGCGUGGGGGGGAAAGCUGUUUGGAGAUCUGAGCGUGUGCUGCCUGCCUGCUCCGGUAGUGGCUACGUGUAAUUCUAGGGGAAAAUGGCAGAUAGAAAAAAUAAUAAUGUUCCCAACACCGGUGCAAACCUACUAUUCAGCGCCGCUCCGGAAUUUAACUUCAAUCUGCCUUUCAUGCCAGUGAGUCAGGCCACUGGUCCGGCGGUGUUGUCAGGAGAUGAUAACACCGAUGUGGGAGAAGAAGACAUCUUUCUAGGUCAGACCUCGGGGAAUGGGCCAGCCCCCUCUACAUUCAACUACUUCUCAAGCCCUGUAACCAGCAGUGAUCCAUUUGCAUCCAUUGGCCAAUUGCCAUGCCCACCGCCGGCGCUGUCAGUAGCUCCGACAACAACAGGCCCAGUUUCUGUUCCCAGCAGCGUCAGCAUGGCUCCACCACCACCUACAGGCUCACAAAUGAACCCUGCUCCUCUAGCGUUUGGUGGCGCAGUUUACCAGACUCCUAUGGGACGUCACACUCCUCCCCCCACCACAAUGACCCCACCGCCCCCCCAGAUGCAGCCACAGAGUCAUAACCCCUACCGACACACCCCCACUAGCAGCAGAGCCAGCCCUUAUAUUCCAGCUCCAGAGAUCCUGCCACCAACGCACAUACCUCAGCAGAAUCCCUACUCUCUCAGCUCUCCACCGCAGACAUUCCCUCUGUCAGGACCCACAUAUACAAAGCCUCCUCACACACAGAUUCAAGGGCCUCUACCUCCAGCCACCACUACUGGAGCAAUAGUCCCCGCAGGUCCCAUGAUGCCAUACAACUACAACAUCUACGAACCUGUUCAGCCUCAUUGGUUCUACUGCAAGCAAGUAGAGUCAAAGAGCGUCUGGCUUCCUUUCAGUAUCAUUGACUCCCUUCAGCUAGAGGAGACAUACAACUCAGUUCAACCAGACCCAGAAAAUGUGAUUGUGCGAACAGAUGGAGGGCGUUACGACGUGCAGCUCUAUGACCGCAUGCGGACUGCAGUGUACUGGGAGGAGGACCCUACAGAGGUCCGGCGCUGCACCUGGUUCUACAAAGGGGAUACGGAUAGUCGCUUUAUCCCUUAUUCUGAAGAGUUUAGUGACAAGCUGGAGGUGGAAUAUAAGAAAGCUGUAUCUACCAACCAGUGGCACCGUAGACUGGAGUUCCCCUCAGGAGAAACCAUUGUCAUGCAUAAUCCAAAGGUGAUUGUGCAGUUUCAGCCCUCCUCCAUGCCGGAUGAGUGGGGCACAACUCAGGACGGGCAGACCAGGCCCAGAGUGGUGAAGAGAGGGAUUGAUGAUGACCAUGAUGAAGUGCCUGAUGGGGAGCUCCCCAAGGUGGAUCAUCUUGUGUUCAUGGUUCAUGGAAUCGGUCCUGUGUGUGACCUGAGGUUUAGGAGCAUGGUCGAGUGUGUGGACGACUUCCGUAAUGUCUCACUGAAGCUGCUGCACAGUCACUUUAAGAAAUCGAUGGAUGAACACGCCAUCAGCAGGGUGGAGUUCCUACCUGUCCAGUGGCACACGGCUCUACACGGAGACGCCACCGGGGUGGACAGGAGGAUAAAGAAGAUCACCUUGCCCAGUACUGGACGGUUACGGCACUUUACAAAUGAGACUUUGUUAGAUGUGCUUUUCUACAACAGUCCCACUUACUGCCAGACCAUCAUGGACACAGUUGCCCUAGAGAUUAACAGACUUUAUGCCCUGUUCAAGAAGAGGAACCCAGACUACAGAGGAGGAAUAUCAAUGGCUGGACACAGUUUAGGUUCCCUGAUUCUCUUUGACCUGCUUUCAAAUCAGAAGAAUGGCUGUCCUGCACCAGCCAUGCCAGUCAUGCCCACUUCUAAUGGAGACACUAAACAGGUGGCAGUCGCUGUUGUGCAGGGAGGUAAUACCGUCACUCCUCCAGCUGUAGGAGAAGAGGCUAAAGAAGAUGGAGAGGAGUUUGAGGAUCUUUCGGCUAUGCUGGAACAUCUGGGCCUGUCUGAGUACAAGAGUACUUUUGAUGAGGAGAAGAUUGACAUUGAAUCUUUUCUCAUGUGCACAAUUGAGGACCUGAAAGAGAUGGGAAUCCCACUGGGUCCCAGGAAAAAAAUUGCCAAGUUUGUCAAAGAAAGAGUGAAUAAGCAGGCUGCACGUCAGGCAGCCCAGGAGAAGAAAGCAGAAGAGGUCAGUCAGGUUGCGGCACCCGCAGCUGCAGCUGAAGCUCUCCCGGAUCCCGCUGUAAAGAAGCUUCCUGUGGGCAACACUGUCUCCUCCAUCCACGUCAACUACAAUUACUUUGAAGUUGGCACUGGACAGGUUUCAGUCGUCUACCACGCUCUGGACUUCGAGCCAGUGAAUUUCUUCGCUUUGGGUUCUCCAAUUGGCAUGUUCCUGACGGUGCGAGGACUGGAGAAGAUUGAGGAGACGUACCAGCUGCCCACAUGCAAGGGAUUCUUCAAUAUUUACCAUCCGUUGGACCCUGUGGCAUACAGGAUUGAGCCCAUGAUAAUGCCAGACUUGGACUUGAAGCCUGUUUUGAUCCCUCAUCACAAAGGAAGGAAGAGGCUUCAUCUUGAGCUGAAGGAGAGUCUCUCCAGGAUGGGCUCGGACCUGAAGCACGGUUUUAUCAGCUCCCUGAGGAGCGCCUGGCAGACGCUCAACGAGUUUGCUCGUGCUCACACCUCCACCGCCCAGCUUCAGGCCGAGCUGGCCAUUGUGGCCAAUCAGAUCGAAGAACAGGAGAAGCAAGCAGAGGAGGAGCAUAAGAUCCCAGAGAGCCCUGAGCCACAAAAAGAAGAGGAGCCUCAGGUGAAGGUCGGGAUGUUGAACGGAGGGCAUCGCAUCGACUACGUCCUGCAGGAAAAGCCCAUUGAGAGUUUCAACGAGUACCUGUUUGCCCUCCAGAGUCAUCUCUGCUACUGGCAAUCUGAAGACACUGCUCUGCUUAUUCUCAAAGAAAUCUACACCACCAUGGGAAUCCAUCCAGAACAGAUAGCACAUUAAUGCAAUGAAGUACCGGAGAUGGAAAUAAGCCCGUCUGAAACUUUCCCAUUUGGUUUAUUUCAUGCCUGGAUUUUGAUUAUGCUUUUUCUAUUUUUUUUUUUUCCUCUUAUUUUCUAUUCUUGUAGUUUAUUGUAUACAGAUGAAUAAUACAAUUGUAUUAUGCCAUUUGUCUUAAAUUAAGAAACAUACGAAUGAGUUAGAUUCAAAGACACUUGACAAGUUUGAUAUUACAUUUUAUAGUAUAAAUUAUAGAACUGGUCAGGUUUACUGAAAAUGUAUCAUUAAAUCAAAUGCCAACAGCAGAAAUGACAUAGCAGCAGUUAAUGCAGCCUUCUGUAAGUUUUAUUUCAUGGCCGAAAUGUCAAAAUAAAUCAUUUCCUUCCACAAGUUCA